AUGACUCCACCGCCCAUGGGCGCAGGCGACUUGUUCCCCGGGUGCCUAGUAUCAAAGUAUGCGUACAAGGAGUGGGAUGUCGACGGCAAGGACACCAUCACGAUAGAGGGAGCGAAGUGGGAAAGGCAUCGAUACGGGCAGGUUUGGUUCCGGUUCAGCCUGAGCAUGGAUACCGACAUCUUCAACAUGGUGACCAAGAGUCUGGACUUGCCCGGGGAAUUAGGAGCCAUCAGGAAACUUCUCGCCACCGCCGACCUGUUGGUGCAAGCAGCAGCUGAGAAUACCAUACAUUGCAACUAUGGGAACAGACCUUGGCAGGGCCAACCCGUCGUGGCGCCCUCUGGGGCAUCUAGCAAUACGCCUGAUGCCUCCGGCAGUAGAGCCGAUGUCGUUCCCGCUGAUACGGCUGCUGGCACUACAGCACUGACGGCAGAGAAGAAGUUGGAGAAGGCAGAGAAGGGGCUGGAGAAGGUAGUCGAGAAGGGAGAUAGGUUGAAGUCAAACUCCGAAAGGCAGGCCAAGCAAAUCACAGCCCUGAAUUAUGCUCAAGUAAAACUCAGGAAUGAGAACGCAAAACUCAAGGAGGAGCGGGCAGAGGCGCAAAAUACAAAAAAAAAGUUGGAAAGAGAAGCCAAAGACCACAGAGGGAAGAACGCUGUCUUGGAGGAAGAUCAGAAGGCCGAAGAGGACAGGCAGCAGGAGGCUCGUGAGGAGGAGGACAUGAGGCAGAAGAUGCUUGAUGCCAGAGAACAGAGCUUUUGUGAAUGGGAAAGGUUGCUCGAGCAGAGGGAAAGGUGA